AUGGCCCAACACACAAGCUUCGGAGCCUUUGGCUCUACCCAGAACGGGGGCAGUAUCGACCCCAACGACCUUGCAAUGGGUGGCGGCUACUCCCAUGCAUUCAGCAACGAUAACUACAACUCCCACUCGAAUUCCGGAGGCGGCUCAAAUGCCUUCGCAACUGGCUCCGCUCUAAUUGACGACGAGGAUCUGCUAGAUGGCCUUGGCUCCGACCGUCCUCACGGCUUGCAGUCGAAUGGACAAGACUUCUCAAACAUGAAUAUGGGCUUUUCCCAGGAUGCCUAUCAGGCCCAUCGGUCUGGAUUGCGGUUGGACGCCAACCAAGUCAAUGGGUUCUCCAGCACACCAGACGGUGACCCCAUCCCGAGCCCAUACACAACAGGUUUUCAUUCGAAUUUCCGCCCCGUGCAAAAUAGCACAUCGCUUGGAACCUCCCUGCACUCCCCUCUGUCAUACUCCGGUUCCCCUCUGACCGUCGGUGAUAUGGGACCAGAUGGGAAUGACCAAAACUACAUGAACACUAGUGCCAGAGCACGCAUGUCACAGCAGAUGCAGCGGAAAGCUUCUAAUCCGCGCAGCCCCAUGACUCCCAAGACAAAUGUCAUGCACGGCAUGUCCCUUGGAUCCCAUGAGUCUCCUAACUUUGGCCCUCAGUCCAUCCGGACCGUGGGCAACCACGAGAAAUCACCCUCGGGGCAGUGGCUUCAGACCCCAACCGGCAGUUACCCUGCUUCAUACAACUCGGGCUUCUCGUCUCCCAUGCAACAGCAAGCUAUGGUCCCUCCCAUCGAUGAGGUCAUGACAAAGGGAGGCACUUCGAUGCCUGCAAAGCUCGGCACGAACAACGCCAUGUCUUCUCAGGAGGCUAAGAGAAAGCGCAGAAGGGAAUCCCACAACCUUGUGGAGCGGAGGCGUCGCGAUAAUAUAAAUGAGAGGAUCCAGGAUCUCAGCAGACUUGUCCCAACGCAUCGCCUCGAAGAUGAGAAGAUCAGAAAGCUCAUCCAGAACGGAACACCACUGUCACCCACUCUCACUGGCAUUUCAAGUCCCUCCCAGGCCACAUCUGGACUGGCUGGUCCCGGCGCACGGAGGGCAGCCGGUGGCAACGCUGGUAACAUUACUACAGGACUGCCAAUCGAAGAGAAAGACAAGGGCCCAAACAAGGGCGAUAUCCUCAACGGCUCUGUUAGCUGGACUCGUGAUCUCAUGUGGAUGCUCCAUCUCAAGCUUCAACAGCACGAGGAGCUUAUGAAUACGAUUGCUGAACUCGGCGGUCAAUUUCCCUUUGAGCUCACGGAGGAUGAGCGUCGUAUGCAGUCUGAACUAAUAGACGCUAUCAACAAGAACGAGGCUGGUACCUUCUCAUACUCUCGCACCGCAGGUUCUGGGCUUCGCGUACCUCACCACACCGACUACAGGGGCAACCCAGCCGGUGAAGGCAAUUUGGAUUCUCUUGGCAUUACACCACCAGAUAACAAUGGCUCCGGUCUUCCCGGGGACCUCGGAGAUACAAAUCAAUUCUGGCAUGACCCUGAUGAUGAUGGCAACGGCAAUCUCAACUUCAAGGGUGAUGACGAGUACGACAUGGAUUUAACUCAAUAG